CUUUUACUUCCAUUUGUAAAACUUCAACUAUUAAACUUCAAUUCCAACACGAAGCGUUAUUCGAUGUAAUUCACAGGCUACGACCAAAAGCGCCUGUUCCAGAAAACCUGUGCACAGCCCACCCGGAAUGAUCAGAAAGAAGUCGGCGUCGCUCAUUUUCAGUGGUUGGGGCUAGUUCUGGAUACGCCGCAUCCAAACGAGCAGACGCGAAUGAAAGGUGUUUCUGAUCAAAAAUCGAUUCAGCGAACGGAAACCAGAUUUAAGGCGGGCAAAGAAGAGGAUAAUAAUAAACCCGACUGCUAAUCAACUCAUCAUGAGUCACCGUUUCUCCUCUACGUUUGAUGCCUUACAGGCGCAUUUUACCAAGAAACCAGAUGCGCCGGGGCCUCAACCAGGUAACACAACUACACCUCAGGGACAAAAUACAAAUCCUAGUCAAGAUAAUGCGACUCAAAAUAGCGCACGCCCUAUGGCAGGUGCAACGCCCCAGGCAUAUCCCGUUCAGCCCAGUAGCGCCGUCCCAGUCCUUAGGCCGGAUGGUCGACGACCUCUGCCAGGCGUACCUCCGAUUCCACAUACUCUUUCGGGAAGAGGGCCGCCAAUAUUGCCUCGUCCAUCAGGAUUUGGUACUGGUGUGGGGGCAGCAUAUCGGGCCAUAGUACCAGGACCACCAGCAAGGCAAUCCAAUGUGCCUCCGGCCCUAGCUGUUACACAGAACAUGGGUUUUCAUUCUAAUGGAGGUUCGGUGCAUUUUCCAUCGCCUCAAAUGCCUCAACCAUUCUCUCGGCCUCCAGUCCCAGCAGCUGCCCCAGUCAAUCUGCCGUUUAGUAUAACAAAUCAGAUGAUGGCGGCGGAAGAUGAAGAAGUUGAAGCAGAAGAUGAACCAGAGCCGAUGGACAUCACGACUGAUGCCCUUCUCGAGCGGCAAAAUAUUCUUAACUCGGAGAAUCCGAUGCCAAAAUUCCCUGCCGGACGUGGAUUCAUAAAGAAAUACCUUAUGGAAGACAAGCCAAAGCGCCCUCGAAGCGGUGGUAACCGAGCUACCAAAAAACGUGGUCCUCGAAAAGCCGCCGAGCCAACAGGCGAUAUCAAAUAUCGUCUCAAUAUGGCUUCCAAUGCGUACAUGGACGGACGUAUUGAUGAAGCCAUUGAAUUUGUAAACGAUGCUAUUCGCAUCAAUGCUGAAACUUACCGUGCCUGGAUUCUAUUGGCCUCGUUUCUUCAGGAAAAGGGGAAUAAGAUGGGUCAUUAUACAGCAAGAUUUUGUGCUGCGAAUCUACAGCCCAAGGUUAUGGACGAUUGGCUUCAGUGUGCGGAACUAGCCAUCGGACUACGAGAUGAAUUUCCGGAAGAGUCGGACAAGUUACUCGAACAGGCCGCCUAUUGUUACACUAACGCCCUGAAGAUCGACAUGAGCCACGAACAAGCACAUCAUGGAAGGGCUGCAUUACAUCUUGAAGCAGGCCGUCUUCGAAUGGCGGCCAAAGAUUAUGUGUUCCUAAUAGAGCAUUGCCCUUAUGACGUUUAUGCUCUCCGUGGUCUAGCUGAAGUACGCGUUUUGCUGGCGGAUACCGGCAAAGCCAAGUUCGCAGGUGGGCCUAGCCAGGUCAUAGAAGCUUAUCGCAAGUGCAUCGCGCAUUUCCGCGAAAAUGGCUUCGACUCUCGUUUUGCUUUCGAAUGGGAAGACGUCAAGAUUUUUGUGGAGCUUCUUGCGUACGUUGAGCGGUUUGGGGAAGCUAUUCAAGAGCUGAGGUCACUAUCAAGAUGGCUCUUAAAUCGCUCUGAUGAGGGGUACUGGGAUAACCUGAGUGAUGAUCGCGAAUGGGAUGUUGAGAAUACCCGACGAGUAGAGGUCGAGGAAUAUCAAGAGGAGAAAUGCUCAGAUUCGUCAUAUGGCGGCGGUCUUCCUUUAGAACUAAGGACCAAGCUAGCCGUAUAUCGUUUCAAGCUUGGGCAGGUUGAUGAAGCUAUGCGCCAUCUAGAAUUUAUUGACCCAGACAAGACGAAUACAGCAGAUCUCCUUACUGACUAUCCACAUCUUGUACUUGAAGGAGCCUCAGCAUUGUAUGAGGCUGGCUAUUUACCCGAAGCACUACGCUUUUAUGAGCCACUUAGAGAACCAGAUCUCCUUGAUACCGAAUCACUUGUCAGGGCAGGUCAAUGUUAUUUACACGCAGGAGACAAAAGAGAGGCCGAAGAAUGCUUUGCAAUUGCCAUCGACCAGGACGAAUCGAAUAGCGAUGCAUGCAUUGAUGCACGUUACGAAUUGGCGAAGAUGUACGAAGCUGCAAGGGAGGAAAGAGAGGCGUACAUCCUGGUCAAUGAAGCUAUUAAACUACAAGAGGCCCGUGACCAGGCUCAAGAAGAAGAGGAUAAGUUGGAUGAAGAGUUGGGAGAUGACAAUGAUGAGGGUCAAGAAGGGGCUGGUGAUAUUGAACUGCCUGCGUCUAUAUUGGGACAAGGUGCUGGUACGGGCGCAGAACCAAAAACGAAGCGAGCUAAGCGUCCGCUCAAACCCAAGGCCGAAAGACCCCGAGCGAAACCGAAGGAACGAAAACCUAGAGCGCAACCGAACCCGACGAGACGGCGACUCAAGCUAUUUGGUCGGGCUGAAGAAUUGCAAGUUGAAGAAAGGAGAAGAGCAGCAGCAUUGGCCGAGGCAUGGGAAACUGUGCGAAAAUCACGGGCUCUCGCCGAUGGCACUGCCAAGACCCCAUCAGAUGAGUUCAUGGCGGCCGCUCGAGAACUUGUGUACGACUUCAGGUCGUACAAGGAGUUUUAUCAGUGGGAUAAGUAUUUGGCGCAUCUUGGCAUUCACCAAGCUCGUGAGAUGGUCCAAUCCCGAAAAGGGAAUUCGAACCUCGUAGCACUGGCAGAACGUCUUGCUCACAAUUUAAACCCAGACGCGCCCGGUAACGAGAAACAAACCAAACAGGUUGCGGUCGGUUACCGAAAUGUGCCCUUCAACGAAUGGCUCGAUCUUUUCCUGGAGUUUGCUAUCGGACUUGCUCAGAAUGGGAAAUUCCAGGAAUCGUAUAAGGUGUGCGAGGCUGCUCGCGAUACCACGAUAUUUUCCAAGUCUAAAGAGGACAUGUUCUUAAUCCACGUCACAUGGGCUGCAUGUGCAUUGCGCGGUAGGGACGAAGAAACUUGCGUCGCCUGUGCUCGUUGGAUUAUGAGGGAAUUUCAAUACGAUACUGAUCCCUUCCGAAUGUUCGCUUCCUUGUCAAGAUUAUGCCCAUCCCCGGCAUCAUGGUACGCCUCUGGUCCCGUCCAGAAGUAUAUGCUACGACAAAUUAAACUCAUGGACCGCGCUAUUACCGCGGGGGGAGGUGAAGACAGUGGAGAUGAAGACGGAGCACCCAGCGGCCGAGUAUAUCAAAGCAAGGAGUUGGAUAUCACGUUACUUAUGCUUUAUGGCCACAUUCUCUUCAUAUCUAACAGUUUCACAUAUGCACUGAAUUACUUUAUGAGAGCAUAUACUCUCGAUCCAACCAAUAGCAUGGUCAUCCUUAGUGUAGGCCACUGUUACGUUCACUAUGCGCUAAAACGACAAGCAGAGAAUCGCCAGUAUUUACUUGUUCAAGGAUUCCACUUCCUACACCAAUACUACGAGCUUCGUCUUGCCUCGCCAGACGCAGCACAGAGACAAGAGGCUCAUUAUAAUCUGGCGCGCAGUUACCAUGCUAUUGGCAUUCCUCAUCUCGCAGCCGAGUAUUAUCGGCGAGUACUCCAGGAUGUGCCAAAUGAUGAGGAGAACGGGAUUAUGGGUAGGAAUGAUCUGACCCAGGAGGCAGCAUAUAAUCUCCAACAAAUCUGCUGGACCGGCGGGGAUGUCCUGGCUGCGAAGGGAAUUGCAGAGAAAUUUUUGGUUCUGUAGAGUAAAGGAGCAUCAUGGAGUUGCGACCUUGUGAUUAGGUAAAACCAGAGAUACCCAAGAGGUGGUACUCAUAAUUAUGAAAUCACCACCAUUUUCCUCUCAACGACACCGCUACUGCGGAACAAUUUCCGAUCUGCAUCUUGUUGAGACCCCGGAUCUAAUACUCCAUUCCUCAUCCUAUUGGGGGUUCCAUUCGUGGGGUACAGUGCCAAGGACAGUAAGUACCGGCACUCAAUUUGCUAAUGCAAGGGGUCAUCGUCUCGUCUACCUCCCGCCAGAUGAGGCUCGGAAUGGUUUCACCGGCUAAAUAUUUACCAAGUCUUAGCGUCAUUAGCAUGACAGGUCUAAUGGAGAGAAUCCAAGCGGCUGGAUCGGGAAUUGUGGAGGAAUACCGCGAAAUUCCCAUUUUUUGGUGGUCUAUCGUCGGUCGCAUUACACGUGUUGUAUAUCAAAUGGAUAUAGUAUAGUAACAGGGGAUAGUAAAGGUCGAUCCUAAUCGUAAGUACACAUUAUCAUUACCACACGGAAUUGAUGUGACAGGUCUCUUCUAAUGAAUAAUGAAAGAAUGUACCAAGAAGGGUUGAAUGUCGGAUUUUGUUUCAGAGUUACAAAAGUAUGAUCGCGACAGUGCUGACAUGACAUCGCAUUGACGACAUCGCCAGGCACAGUAACAAUUAAUUGCCUGUAUUUUCUCAGCCCUA